GAGAGAGAGAGAGAGAGCAGAGAGCGAGGUACAGAGAAACCGAGGGGGAGAGAACCCGAGUGUGUGUAUGCGUGUGCGUGUGUGAGCGCGAGCGAGCUUGCGAGGGAGAGGAGCAAGAGAGUGCGAGCGAGAAAGAAUAAAAGGAAAGAAGAUUUUCUCUAUGUAUAUAAAGAUGGCCACGUUAGCAAACGGACAGGCUGACAACGCGAGCCUCAGUACCAACGGGCUCGGCAGCAGUCCGGGCAGCGCCGGGCACAUGAACGGAUUAAGCCACAGCCCGGGGAACCCGUCGACCAUUCCCAUGAAGGACCACGAUGCCAUCAAGCUGUUCAUUGGGCAGAUCCCCCGCAACCUGGAUGAGAAGGAUCUCAAGCCCCUCUUCGAGGAGUUCGGCAAAAUCUACGAGCUUACGGUUCUGAAGGACAGGUUCACAGGCAUGCACAAAGGCUGCGCUUUCCUCACCUACUGCGAGCGUGAGUCAGCGCUGAAGGCCCAGAGCGCGCUGCACGAGCAGAAGACCCUGCCCGGGAUGAACCGGCCGAUCCAGGUGAAGCCUGCGGACAGCGAGAGCCGAGGAGGUAGUAGCUGCCUGCGCCAGCCCCCUUCACAAGAUAGAAAACUCUUUGUGGGCAUGCUCAACAAGCAGCAGUCUGAGGACGACGUGCGCCGCCUCUUCGAGGCCUUCGGGAACAUUGAAGAGUGCACCAUCCUGCGCGGGCCGGACGGCAACAGCAAAGGGUGCGCCUUUGUGAAGUACUCUUCCCACGCUGAGGCGCAAGCUGCCAUCAACGCGCUGCAUGGCAGCCAGACCAUGCCGGGAGCCUCAUCCAGUCUGGUGGUCAAGUUCGCCGACACUGACAAGGAGCGCACGAUGCGGCGAAUGCAGCAGAUGGCUGGCCAGAUGGGCAUGUUCAACCCCAUGGCCAUCCCGUUCGGAGCCUACGGCGCCUACGCACAGGCACUGAUGCAGCAGCAGGCGGCACUAAUGGCAUCAGUCGCACAGGGUGGCUACCUGAACCCCAUGGCUGCCUUUGCCGCCGCCCAGAUGCAGCAGAUGGCGGCCCUCAACAUGAACGGCUUGGCAGCCGCACCCAUGACCCCAACCUCAGGUGGCAGCACCCCUCCGGGCAUCACUGCACCAGCUGUGCCUAGCAUCCCAUCCCCCAUUGGGGUGAAUGGCUUCACUGGGCUCCCCCCACAGGCCAAUGGGCAACCUGCUGCAGAAGCUGUGUUUGCCAAUGGCAUCCACCCCUAUCCAGCGCAGAGCCCCACCGCCGCGGACCCCCUGCAGCAGGCCUACGCCGGAGUGCAGCAGUAUGCAGGUCCAGCUGCCUACCCUGCUGCCUAUGGUCAGAUAAGCCAGGCCUUUCCUCAACCACCUCCAAUGAUCCCCCAGCAACAGAGAGAAGGGCCCGAGGGCUGUAACCUGUUCAUCUACCAUCUGCCCCAGGAGUUUGGGGACGCUGAGCUGAUGCAGAUGUUCCUCCCUUUCGGCCGGCACCCUGUGCCCUCCCGCUGCCAGGCCCCCUCCUGUCAGGGAGGACAGUGUCCAAUAAACUCCACCCUCAGGCUUCGUGAGCUUCGACAACCCGGCCAGCGCGCAGACCGCCAUCCAGGCCAUGAACGGCUUCCAGAUCGGCAUGAAGAGGCUCAAGGUGCAGCUGAAGCGGCCCAAAGACGCCAAUCGCCCGUACUGAGCGCCGGCGGGAGCGUCCCCCGGGGGAGACUAGGACUCGCACAGGGCAGGAUGCUGAACGGGCUACAUUAAAAAACAAACCUCUCUCUCUCUCUAUUUAUAAAUGAGAACUGUUGGAUGACACCUUUGACAUAUCAGCCAAUAUCAAUCAAGCUGAGGACUCCAGACACUCGGUGACUGUAACAUUUCUUCAAGGAAAGUAUAGCGUCUGUGGAGUUCAGAGGGCACGUGUUUGGGGGAAAACACAUAUGACUUAAAGAAGAAGAUGAAGAAAAAUGAGAAAAAAACACACAAAAAAGGCAACUUUUAAAACAAAAUAACUUGAGACCAGAUGGGGAGGCUGAAGGGCUGGGAACUGGAAGAGACGCUGCUUACUGAUCCGAUCCCGGGGCUUUUCCAGCCCGUGGGCGCCUGAGGCAGGCUGGGGCCAGCGGUGUGGCGGGACCUGGUCCCCAGGUUGCGGCUGGGAGCCGCCGCUGAGCAUCUCUAUCUGUCAUUCCUUUAGCUAUUUAGGGACCAAAGGACCAAACUUUUUAUUGCAGAUGUGUAGCUCUACGUCACAUAGAGGGGGAUGGAGGGGAACCUCCUUCCUGCCUCCUGGCUGUUCUUGAAACAGCUUAGAGCGAUUCUAUGAAAAAUGUAAUAAAAAAUUA